AUGCAGCCGAAAAAGAAAAUAAAAAAAAGAUUCCUCCUUAUCGUAAUCCCUGGACUACAGAAGAGUCACAUCUGGGUGUCCAUUCCUUUCUCCUUUGUGUAUGUUCUCUCCUUCCUGGGAAACGUUAUAGUCCUCUUUUUUAUAAAGACAGAAGAAAGCCUCCACAAGCCCAUGUAUUUCUUCCUUUCCAUGCUCUCCAUCUCUGACCUGGGACUGUCCCUCUCUUCCUUACCCAUAACCUUGGGACUAUUCUUGCUUGGAACUCAUGAAAUUCAUGCAGCUGCAUGUUUUGCCCAGGAGUUUUUCAUCCACUUGUUCACAGUCACUGAAGCUUCUGUGCUGUCCUUAAUGGCAUUUGACCGAUAUGUGGCCAUUCACAGCCCUUUGAAAUACAGUACACUCCUAACCAGCUCCAAAGUUACCAAAAUCGGGGUUUCUCUGACUUCCAAGAAUGUUCUUUUAAUCCUUCCACUGCCCUUUCUCUUGCAAAGACUGAAGUACCGUCACCAAAACCUGCUCUCCCACUCCUACUGUCUCCAUCAGGAUGUCACGAAGCUGGCUUGUUCUGACAACAGAAUCAAUGUUGUCUAUGGGAUGUGUGCUGCACUUUCUACAAUAUUGGAUUUGGUAUUUAUUAUCUUUUCCUAUAUAAUGAUAUUAAAAACAGUUCUGGGGAUUGGAAGCCCCAGAGAGCAGUUCAAGGCUCUCAACACCUGUCUUUCUCACAUUUGCGCUGUGCUCAUCUUCUAUGUGCCCAUGCUAAGUGCAGCCAUGCUCCACUGCUUUGCCAAGAAUGUGUCUCCUCUAACCCACAUCAUCAUGGCUGAUGUUUUCCUCCUGGUACCACCCCUGAUGAAUCCCAUCGUAUAUUGCGUGAAAACCCGACAAAUCCGAGAAAAGGUUUUGAGGAAACUUUGUUCAAAAAGAAGCUGA